AUGUGCGGCCCAGGCGCGAGUACUCAGAAGACCACUCAGGUUGUCACCGGAGCCAUCCCCAUAUUCUUGGCGGGGGCCGUGGUGUACUCAUCCUACGUCGUCAUCGACAAAGUCUGCUACGGCCACUUUUACUCCCAAGGAUGGACCAAGACAGCUCAUGGCAUCACGGCCAUCCUCGCCAUUUCGCUCCUGUUCAUGACGCUCAGUUAUAUGCGCCUCGUCCACAUGAUCCUACGGAACCCGGGUCUCGUACCCUCGCCGAUGCAUGAUGCCAAAACCCAAGACCCAGAGGCACCGUACGACAUAACAUCUCCUUCGGAGUCGCGGCCCGGCGGCAGGAUCAUCAACGGACCCGGCGAUCCAGAGGUGCAGCUGAACGAAAUUCCAGCCCUGCGCUCAGACCGCCCGGAGCUCGAAGUCUUCUAUGGCCUCGAAGCGUUCGUCUGCGACGCCUACGGCAGGCCGCGAUACUGCACCAAUUGUGCCACCUGGAAGCCUGACCGCGCUCACCACAGCGGCGAGAUUGGCCGCUGCGUCCGCAAGAUGGAUCACUACUGUCCCUGGGUCGGCGGCAUGGUGGCCGAGACCUCGUUCAAGUUCUUCGUCCAGUUCGUCUUCUAUGCCACCAUCUUCUGCACCAUCUGUCUGGUCCCGGCCGCCAUCGUUCUCAACGCUCAGAUGCGUUCGGCUUCAGGCGUUGACCCCCAGGUCUGCGUCGUCGUUGGCCUCGGAGCCUUCUUUGGUCUUUUCUCCUCCACCAUGACGUUUAACUGCCUGCGCUUCCUUGCGCUCAAUACCACCAACAUAGACGCUAUCGACUACAAUUCCAAGUGCUACCGUCUGGCCAUCCGCAUCCCGGACGAGGACGCCACCCACCGCGGCGCCAUUUUUUGCCCCAUUGUCGCCUUUCCGCUUCACAAGGAUGCUUUCCGCCCGCGCUGGUCCGAGCGGGACAUUGGCCCGGAUGACGAGACUGACGAGCAGCGCGACGAGCGUUGGGCGAGACUGGACCGCCAAGCUGGAGAGCAGGCGGCCCCCUUCAGCGCCAAUCUUUUACUGGGUGCCCAUCGGCGUUACUUCGCCGUGGUCACGACCAAGCCCGGCGAGAACCCGUGGCACAUGGGCAGUAUCUAUCUCAAUAUCUGCUCGGUCAUGGGCAACCGCGUAUUCGAUUGGUUCCUGCCGAUACGUCAGAGCCCAUGCACUAACGAGCAAAGUGAUCAGGGCUUCUACCGUUUCGGACCGCUGCUGGAGACACUGAGGUUGAGGCACGGCCUUCGUCGUCUCGAUGAGGUGGUGGACUCUGAGAAGACCUCCUUGAUUUGA